UAUGGACUCCAAUAAUUUUUCAAAUGAUGAGCAACGAGUGUCAUCCAAUCUUUAUGACAUAAUCAAUCCCUUUCACAUAGUGGGAUUGAUCAAAGAUCUUCAAGUGGGCACAAAGGCGCCACAAGGAGCUAAAGCAAGUAUUCAUAAGUGAGCUUUGCUUAUAUUUCCUUUAAUAAUAUUUUUCCUUGCUUUAGAGCUCCCAUCUAAUUCUCAACUUAGCGACAUUAGUGGUGAGAUAUGAUACUGAAAUAGUAUUCAGUUCUAAGGCUAGCAUAUAGCUCAUAAUAAGAAUAAGAAUAACAUUGUUAAUUAAAUGACACAUAAGAAACUAACACAUGAUAAAGUUAUCUUAAUAUUUUUCUCAAUAUUUAAUUCUUACCUGACAUAAAGAGGUGGAAAAUAUUUUCUUAAUGAAGGUUCCACUCUCCCCCUCGAAAUGUGGUCUAUGCAAUAGUACCAUAUUUCGAAGAACCUCUAUUUAUUUAUUUGUUUAUCCUUGUUACAACAUAUAAAAAUAACAUGAAUGUAUACAUUGGAAAUAAAUAUAAUUUUAUACUAAUAGAAUGUAAUGACAUUUUCCUCCUUUUCAUAAAUACAAUUCUUUAAAAUUUAGUAUUUUUCUUACUUAGAGACUCAUCUUAUUACCUUGUCUUAGUCUUAUUUCCUUGAGCUUAAUGAUGCCCAUAGCCAUAUCAUAUUAUCUUGCCUUCAUUGAUAUGAAGGAAACAACUCACCACUAAUAUCAAAUGUGCUUUAAUAAAUACUUAUCUUGGGGAUUACUUCCCCUGAUUCUUACAUUUAUCCAGAAUUGAGGGAUUGCUCCUUUUUAUUCUGAUAUUUGUCCAUAAGUGACUUAUCUUAAUUUUUUUAAUUUUUUUAAUUUUUUUUCUAUUAGGUAUUGAUGAUCAAUAAAAAUCAUUAAUUUCUCAUUAAUAUUCUUAGUAUUUAACUUUUCUAGUGGGAACUACACCUCUUAUGACACCUGUAUGUGUCAUCUUAGUUAUAAUCUCAAGAACCAAUGAGGUGCAGGUAAAACCACUUCGCUUCUGAUAGUGGUAUUUAAAACAAUCUUUAUUAGAAACUUAUGACUUAAUUAAUUCUUAUCAUCAAUAGGGAUAAUUCAUAAGUUUGAUUUUGCAUACAUGAAACAGAUGUGCUUAGUGCCACUCAUUAGUUUUGAUCUUUAGAGGCAUGUGAUGCUUUAUAGAAUAUUUUAGCAAGCAUCAUCACAAACUUCUUCUAUUGAAUCAGUCAAAGUCAGCUUUGGCCAGAAAUAGAAAAGAACAACAGAAUUUUGUGAACUAGUACUUAUUCAUCAGCUUUGGCCAGAAGAAUAAGUACAAGCCACACUUAAUUUCAUGUGCAUAAAACAUCUUUUGUUGAAUCAUAACCCAAAUCAGCUUUGGCCAGAAGUGGAUUAAGACCAACAAAAGUAUUGUGAAUUGGUAUUUAUCAAUCAGCUUUGGCCAGAAUGAUAAACACAAGCCACACUUAGUUUUAGAUAUAAACUCCUUUCAUUACUUCGAUUCAAAAUCAGCUUUGGCUAGAAGAUGAACCGGAAUAACAAAUUUUUGUAGUCACACAUUCACCAAUCAGCUUUGGCUAGAAUGAUGAACGUAUGCCACACUUAACCAGAGUGUUAUUUCUUUUGCAGCGGAAACUUUAUUGAAAAUGACCCAUAUGCAUUGACAUAAUUUCUCAUUAUUCAUAUCAGUCAGUAUUAGCUUAAUCUGAUAAAACUCAGUUUAUGAUUAUGCCAAUAUUGCUCAAGAGCUGGCAACUUAGUAACUUAAUUAAUCUUAGUGACACAUGACCAUAAACAACUUUAGUCGGUAUAUAGUCAUGAGUCACAAAAUUAAUCAUAAUCUUCGAGGUGAGAAUGACAUAUGACUACAAACAACUUUUGGUCAGUAUGUAGCUACAAGUCAAUUAAUCAUGAUAUUCCGAGACUCUUUUAAGCAAAUAUUUAUUUAUCAGAGGACAUCUUUAUUAAAAUAAACUCAAUUUGUCCUCAUAUAUUACUUUAGUAUUCUUAUCAACAUUAUUUGUGGCACAAUUAAGAAAAUAUUCAAAAGCCAGCUUUAAGAUUUAUGUCCAAAAUUGGACUCACUAAGUAUGUAUGGCUUAAGAAUAAUAUACUUUAUUAAUAAAUUAAAUCAUGAUAACCCAUGAUUGUAAACAACUUUGGUUAGAAUAUAACCAUGAAUCAACAUUGAAAUUUUGAUCUUGAAUAAAAAAUAUCCCGUUGGAUUGAUUCCAAUCUAGGACAAUUAUAAGUUAAAGCCACUUAAUUAUUAGAAUUUGUGCAUUCCAAUCAUUACAAUAAGUGAUUCCUUAGUGUUAUUAUUAAUGGAAUGCACAUUUUCCAACCGUAAGUAAAAGUAUUAAUGACAUCAACCAAAUAUGGGCCAUUAUUUAAUUUCUUAGAGGACUGGCCAUUAAAAGAUGUUAUUAUUUGAUUUUCCCAAAAAUGGGUCUUAAGCUUCAUGCUUAACUUAUGGGCAUAUCAAUUCUUGUGAGUAAAACAUGCUCACAUAAUUGAUAAUAUUUACGGGUCAUAAGAUACUUUACUAUUAAGCCUCAAUUUAAGUGGCACAUAAGUAUGUGGCAGAUAGCUUAAUUUCAUAAUGAAAGUAAUUCAUCAUCAUAAUUGGACCAUAAACAUUUCAAAUAAUACUUCAAAUAGACUUAAAACUUCACUGAAAAUAAUCCCAAUUUAAUUGGAGAGUAUUUCAUAAUUUUUUUAAAUUGUGACAUAAAUUGUGCUAAGGCAAAAUAUAAACAUAAUAAAAUACUUUAGAAAUAAAGUGAAGUAUUAAAGCAUAAUGAGAAUACUUAAUCAUAAACAUAAGGAAAAAUACUUAAUCAUUAAUGGAGAAAAUUUCCAUAAAGUUUGGCCCAAAACAAUAUUAUUUAAGCAAAAAACUUAAUUAUUCAUAAAUUUACCAUAAUUUUACUUAAUUUUGGCCUUAAUUAAAACAUUACUUAUGACACGUAAAACAAUAGCUUUAUGUAAUAGCCAUAAUAUGUAAAGAUCAUAAAAUAAAUAUGAGAGAACUUAUUAUUCUAAUUAUUAUUUGCUAAAAGUCAAUAAAAUAUCUUCAAAAUUAAACAUGAAAUAAUAUACAUACUCAUAAUAUUUAAAAUCAAAAUCAUAUUUAUGGCCUAAAACAAUAUUAUCUUAGCCCAAAGGCUCUUUUAAGCCCAUUACUAUGCAGCCCAAAGUUCAAAAUUAGAGGAGAAAAACAUUCUAAAAUUUUGACAUUAUUUCCGGCCCUUCAUUGAAUUUAGCCCAUCAUUAUUUUGGCCCAUUAAUAUGAAGCCCAAUUUAUAUGUCUUAAUUUCCAAAGAAAAUACCAAUUAAAAUUCGGCCCAUCACUCAUUUUCCGGCCCAGGCCGUUUUCGGCCCGGUCCACUUUGGCCGCCGCCUUUCCCUUCCCGGGCCCCAGGCCCAAAAACCUGGGCCUGGGUUGGGAAUUUGCCGCGCCCGCUGGCCUCCCGCCGGCCCGAGGUGGCUGCGUCGCACGCGUGCCGUCGGAUGCACAUCCGACGGCCGUCAUCGCGCGCCGCGCGUAUCAAAACCGCUGCGUCGGCGCUCCCCCCCGCUAAACCCUAACCAUUUUCUCCCCUCCUCCUUUCUCCUCUCCACUGGCGGCUGCGGGUGAGCGGAGGGUGACGGUGCCGGCGACGCGGCCCGCGGCGGAGGAGGUAGCGGCGCCGUCGAGCUCUGCUCACCGGAGGUGCGCACGGCCGCGGCCGGCGUGCAGCUCCGUCGAGCACCGCUCGUCGGUGCCCUAAUCCUGACCUCCUGCGCGCGCGAAAUCCAUGGGAUCCACGGCGGAGGAGCAGAUCUGGCCCGUGGCCGGUCUUCCGACUGCAGUGGCGAUGACGCCGGCGGCCACGGCGAGCACGGGAGGCGCGUGGCCCCGUGACAUCCAAGGUCGCGUACCGAAAGCCGUCGGGUGAUGGCGGCGACGUCACUGACACCGGUGACGAGCACAGCAGCUCGGGAUUCAGUCCGCAACAACGCUGGAGUUCUGACAAGGAACCGCACGUGUUCCUGCGACGGCCUGGAACUGCAUUUCGCAACAAAUCACAUUGGUCACUUUCUUCUAACAAACCUCCUAUUGGAGAACAUGAAGAGCACAUGUAGGGACAGCGGCACCGAGGGACGGAUUGUCAAUGUGACGUCAGUAGGGCAUGCCAUGAUGACUUAUCCUGAAGGGAUAUGCUUUGAGAAAAUUCAUGAUCCUUCCGGUUUGAAUGACUUUAUUGCUUACUGCCAAUCCAAGCUUGCCAAUAUUCUUCACUCCAAUGAAUUAUCACGAAUUUUCAAGGAGGAAGGAGUGAAUAUUUCAGCCAAUGCCGUUCAUCCUGGUGUCAUCAUGACUAACAUUUUUAGGGACAGGACUAUUGUCGGUGCGUUUUUUAACACCAUUGGAAGAAUCAUAUGUAGAAGAGUUGAACAGGGUGCCGCAACGACAUGCUAUGUGGCGAUGCAUCCUCAAGUGAAGGGGAUAAGUGGAAAGUACUUCGCCGAUUGUAACAUAUCCAGCCCGAGCUUACAAGCUUCAGAUGCUGAGCUGGCCAAGAAGCUAUGGCAGUUCAGCUUGCAGACAGUGUCUUCUUGAUCAAGCUAUGCUUGCCUGAACGAGUGAUGCACGUAUUGUUGUACUUAAUGCUUACAUAGCUCUUCCGGAUGUUUGUUAUCAGUGUAUUUAGUAACUGGGCUAUGAAUCAAAAUGUCUCAAUCUUGAUUCAAAAUUUGAAAUUCAAACCACCCUACUAUCUUAUAAUUCAGGACAUUUGGACUGAAAUGAAUAGUUAUUGUGGCUA